UGGGAGUGGAGCGAGUCGCUCGGUCUCGUUCAUCCAUUCUGUGCGGCACUCCCCGUACAGCUCCGUGCGAAGUCUCCGCGAACCGGGGUGCUCUCUACGCUCCUCGAGCAAAACGCGGGACGAGAAGCCACACAGAGUAACCUUCAGCGAACCCUCCGAGAUACGGAUUCCGGAAUCGCGGAGGACAUGGAGUGACGGGUAGCGGGAGAAAGGGGCUUUUUUCCGAAGACGGCGUGCUCCGCUGAAACCCAACAUGGCGCUGCUGCGAGGUACGGCUGAGCUGAAUUAAUUUCUCCGCGAGUCCGCCGACCUCGCCACCUGUGUCCUGAGGGGGGCAUUGGCUCUCCCGACUUUAAAGGACCUUAACGGAUUUUCCUUUUGUGGAUUUCUCUGCGUCCUGACGGUUGUUUUUCCUCCGCGCAGGAUCGUUUUGUUGCUUUAUGGCAACCCAAGUGACAUUUGCAGCAGCAGAAAAGUCCGUUUAAAAUAUCGGGCAAUGGAUGAGAGUUGCCUGUAGACAAUAGAAGAGCUUUAUAUGUUAGACUUGUUUUGUUUCGUGACAAGUGGAUAACCUGUAAGACACUUUUAGUUGUUUUUUUUGUCCGGCCGGGAUUGUGUGUCUCGGGCAGACACGAUCGUGAACCGGGCUCGUCUACGCACGCACGGAUCUCUGUCCUCCCAGUUAACUUGGGAAAACAGGAAAAAGGCGUGAGUGGGUCGCACGGACGACGGCUGGAUCUAGCACCAAUUACCCAGGGCAACAUCUGUCCGUGAUGUCAUUGCUGAGACACAAACCAACCUGGAACUAAGACAAGAGAACCACAUCACACAAAACAUGGUGGAUGCAAGGUUAACGCCCCUGGCAGCAAUGGGGCUGGACCGAGGCACCCUGAUGCACGAUGGUCUUCGUCUCCAUGGAGGGGUUGUGUACCCAGGCAUCAGAGCACUACCGGCGGAGAAGAGCCGUGAGGGGCCCUCACACCCCCUCACUUAUAACAGAGAUGGUCUCCAAGAGCUCAUCUACAAUUCUGAUGGCCCUCUGGACAGUCGUAAGCCCAGUAAUGGAUACCUGGGUCUUUACAAAGGCACUCCUCCAGGACUCCACAAGCCUAUGAUGAUUCCCGGAACUGAAGGUUUAGGCUUGGACCGCAGAUUAGGGCAUGGAGAAAAGGUCUCUGAGCUGGGCUUGGCAGGUGCUGGUGGCGGCUACCUCCGCCUGCCGUGGUUCAACCCCUACCCUGAAGCGAGCAUGUAUCCCUUCAUGGACACAUCCAAGUACGCGGCUCUAAAUAUGUACAAAGCCUCCUUGAUGAGCCAACCCAACCCCUAUCUUCCCCAGCACCUGGCCUACGCGUCUGGUAAUGUAAACCCCUCUGCCGCUGAGAGGCUCUACUAUAUGCCUCACUAUCCUCAGUCCCCCAUCUCUUCUCCCAUGGUGGCGCCUCCUAUGAGGAUUCCUACAGUCACAGUGGCCCCCACUUCACUGGUACACUGCCAGGACAAGGGGCUCGGUGUUGCGCCUCAGUUUGCACAGCAGCUUCACCAACCUUCCCCUCAUUCUCAGCACCAUCAGGCUGCUAUGGACAGAGACCGCUCCCCAAGCAGGAGCAGCAGACCAAGUAGACCUCCCUCUAGGAAGACUACUAGCAACAACAAUAAUACCAGUAGCACUAGUGGCUCCAAUGGUGGGAAUAAUAAUAGUCUGCCUACUGAUUCUUCUCCUCAUGCGUCUUCCCGCCAACCCCAACCCCCCCCUCCUCCCACACUCAUUGACAAUUCACUGGAUUUACAAAGAGCAGUCUCUAGGAUAGGACACCCAGCCACCUCAUCAGCUGCAUCAGUAUCAUCCUCAUCCACACAGUCCAUUCCUCACCCAUUCUCUGUAAGCAGCAUGGCAGCAGAGCAGCCUUCUCCUGCCCGACCUAGCCCCCACAAAUCUAGGCCAAGAGACGGGGAACAAAGAAGUGCAGGGGUUGAGAGGAGACAUAGCAGGUCCCCUUCAAAAGCCAAUUGUGAGAAGCCAGCUCACCAACACAAAGCAACCAAAGACUUGCCAGAGAAGCCCUUGGAUUUGUCUGGAAGAAUGCUUGAGUUUGGGUUGGCUCCCAAUGGUUUCCCAGUUAAAAUGGACGCUAUACCAUCAAGCGCACGAUAUGGAUUGCCUCCUAAUCGGGAGCUUCUAAAAGAAAACCUGUCUCUCUCUCCUUCCUCCCACCCCCACUCUGUGGUCAGCAGCACUUCUUCAAAGGUCCCUGAGAGGCCAGAAAUGAUCAGCACUUUACACUCCUCCUGGGUUGUACCUAGCCCUUCCCCUUCCCGUACUCAGCACACACCCGGCCUGCCCCCCUCUCCAAGGCCUAACGGAGACCUGGGCCUUUCACAAGCCAAAGGCUCCUCACCCUCUGUCAUCAAACAAAAGGGUCUGGAGAGGGUACUCCCUCAGCAACGUAGCUCAUCCUGUCCAAGGAUAGGAGAGCCAAACCAUAAUGUUCCCUCCACUCAACACUCCUCUCAUGUCAGCUCCAGGGCUAUAUCUCCCAAACCCAAUGGUGAGUGGGUCAAUCACAGCCCUAGCCAUUCAGAACAUCCGGGCCACCACAGAGAGGGGAUUGAAAAGCCCUCACAGAAGAGAGAAGGAACGACUCCAGAGCUGUCUUCCUACAAGAGGCCCUGUUUAGAGAAUGGUCACCCUCCUGGCCACCUUUACCUUCCUCAAAGUGACGCUUACCUGAACCACAGUUUGGCUUAUGCCAACCGAUACCUGCACUACCCCAUCCCUGAUGGCAUGGCACUACACUCCCUGCCGAUUCCAGGGAAAGGACCAGUCUACCCUCACCCAGUAUUGCUGGGCAGCAACAGCCUUUACCCACCCCACUUAGCAAAACACCCUUUACCCUACCACAACCUCCCAGCUGGUCCAGGAGGGGAAUACCUCACGUAUAACACACAGGAGAUGGCCCAUCCCCUGAUGCACACUCCCUCAGAAAAGCUGGCAGAAAGAGGAGAGGCAACUUUGAAGCACCGGGGACAGGAAAAAUCCCGGGGAGCUGUCGAAGAAGGCAGGGUCCACAGAGAUCACAACAUUGGGAAAGAGAUGAGUGAAGGAAGCCAAAUAAAGUCUGAUAAGGAAGGACCGAGUCGCAAUCAUAGCAAAACAUCCUCUUCAACAUUCAGAGAAAAGAUUGUCUGCAUCGACCUUGUACAUUCAGACACAGAUAUUGAGUCUACCCCAACAGUCCACAAACAGCCCUCCGCUGAGACCAGCAGCAAGGUUAACCAAAAUGAAUGUUGUCAUAGUAACCAAAAUCUGACAAAGACUGACUAUGAGCUAAAACACCAACCCCACCUUUCCCAUCCUUAUCCAAUCCACUCGGGACAAAGCCCAACCCUGAAGCCCAAUCACUCCGAUAGACACCCAGAAACGCCCUUUGGGAAACCAAACGUUUUCCAGGAGACGGGCUGUCCUGGGGGAAUAUCUAGCAUGUUGCCAAAUUCUCCAGGGCAGUUCACCCGAGGAGAGGAGAGCUCAGAGGAACGGAGCCCAAGCCCAGAUGUUGAAGACCAAGACCAGAGCACCUUGCGCUGUGCCCGCACAUCUGGGGAGCGCAGCUCUGGUAAACACAAAGGGGACAGAGACAUCCGGGCUCGUCACUCGUCUCAACACUUCAUAGAUGUGGUGAAGGAAGAGAGAGUGUAUGAAGGGGAGACUGAAAAGGAAGACAGUAUUGUUGACCUCGGGGAGUCUCACGGAGAAGGGGAUGAGGACGAUGAAGAGGAUGGUCUGUCUUCACCUAGAGGCUCUCGUAGAUCAAGUCUGGCCAAGAGGAUCGCUAACUCCACAGGCUUCGUUGGCGACCGCAUUAAAUGUGUCACCACUGAGCUGUAUGCUGACUCCAGCAAGCUGAGCCGCGAACAGAGAGCCCUGCAGAUGGAAGUCUUAUCACGAGAGGGGAGUAAUAUAAGUCAACCUGCAGCUAACUGGGAGCGGGCAAUGAUGCGGUUCUCGGAGCUGGAGCUGAAGGAGAAGGAGGGCGGCGGUGUGUGUGUGUCUGCCUCGGCAGCAGGACGGGAGCUGGCAGACGGCCAGCGCAGAGAGCGAGUGCUGGAACACUGCCAACACACCACCAGGAGGGAAGAGAGGGAGGGUGUCCUGUCGCCGGCGUACGCUAACAACAGAGUUCCAGUCCUCCAGAGGUGUGGGGGCCAGAUCGAGCCUUUGUCCCCAGGGCAUAGGGCCCGAGAGGGUGCCGGGCAAGAAGGGCUAAACGAUGGAGUCAGGAAGUUGAAGAGGGAGCUCGAAGGAGGUCACUGUUUGCCCCCCAUUCUGACACCGGCAAAAGGGUUCCCUGAGGAGAAGCAUAGCCCCGGCUUCGGAGCCAGCAGGAAACGCCAGCUCUGCCUCAAGGCCGAACGGGAGGACUCGGAGUGGGAGGAAGCAGAAAGGGUCUUCCACCCCGAGAAAAGAGCCAGGAUUUCUACAGAUGAGCGCGAGCAGGCCAGUCCUGAUGAAGAUGAUGACGACGAGGUCCGGAAGCUCAAGGUCUGCAUCGAGCUGAAGGGGCUGCGACUCAGCAAGCCAGCCGCCGGCGCAGCUUCCCCCGACGGCUGCCUGAUCAAACAGGAGCGGCUGUGGCCCCAGCAACGAUUGAUCGCCCCGGCCCAGAGCAUACGGGAACGCAAAGCUCGGCCCGGGGAGCCGGAGGACCGAGCCGCGGCGCACAGAGCCGAGAUCAACAGGAAGUGGGGCUGCGAGAAGCUACUUAAUGGAGUAGCUGCUUCUCCCCUUCCCCCCAGCCAACUGAAGGACAGGGCUCACCCGCAGGGCCCCUUCUCAGGUGACCGUGGCCUCAAGGAGCCGAGGAGGGGCCCCCCCUCUCCGGCCCCAGAUCCGUCCGUGGGAGGCCCCCCUCCCAUCAAGCCCCGUCGCCAUAGUGACACGGACAAACCCAAGGGCAAGCGGCCGUGCAAAACCAAACACACCAGUCAGAGGGAGCGGGAGCGGGAGAAACGGAAAGAGGCCACACCUAACAGCCCAGGCCAGCGCUGCGCGGCUGAUCUGGGAGCAGCUGAGGAUGACAAGCUGAGUGAUCAGCGCGGCGCUCCGAGGAAGGGAGCUGCCUCUCCUAAUCAUUAUCCCUGCUCUCCAGUCAAGCCCUGCUCCCCCGCCACGCUCUGUCCGCCCUGCCUGCAGCCCCAGGUGAACGGCAGAGCGUGCGGCGCUGCCCCCGAGCUGGUGGGAGUGCACCGGACCCCCCCUGCUGAGCCCCCCGCGGUGCGUCCCAUCCCGCCAGAGGCUCGGCGGCUAAUCGUGAACAAGAACGCCGGAGAGACUCUGCUCCAGAGAGCUGCGCGGCUCGGCUACGAGGAGGUGGUGCUGUACUGCCUGGAAAACCGAGUAAGUGAGGUGAAUCACAGAGACUACGCCGGAUACUGCGCUCUGCACGAGGCGUGCGCCCGCGGCUGGCUCAGCAUAGUCCAACACCUGCUGGAUUACGGGGCGGACAUCAAUUGCAGCGCACAGGAUGGCACUAGACCGAUUCACGACGCUGUGGAGAAUGACCAUCUGGACGUUGUUCGAGUCCUGCUUUCUUAUGGCGCUGACCCCACCCUGGCCACAUACUCCGGCCGCGGCCUGCUGAAGAUGACCCACAGUGACGGCAUGCAGCGCUUCCUCAGCGAUUAUUUUGCUGACCUUCAGGGCCGCUCAGAUGACGACCCGGGGCUUUAUUGGGAAUUCUAUGGCAGCGCUGUGUGUGAGUUGAGCGAAGAGGGCGGUGUCUAUGACAUCCUGGCUGACCCCCCGGGCCCAGAGGACGAGGAUGAGGAUGAUAAAAGGGAGGUGUUUGAGUUUGAGUUCUCUGACCGCCCUCUGCUGCCUUGCUACAACAUCCAGGUGUCCCUCUCUCAGGGGCCCAGAAACUGGCUGCUUCUGUCGGACGUGCUUCGCAGACUGCGGAUGUCUGGUCGCGGUUUCCGACAGGCUUUCCCACACAUGGAGGUGGUGACGGUGGCAGAGGCGGAGUUUUACCGGCAGGCCUCGCUGUCGCAGCUGUUCUCCUGCCCAGAGGAGCUGGAGGGCUUCCACGCGGACAGCAAGGACCUGUUAGACCUGGUGGAGGACAGCGGGGAGCUGGCGGCGCUGCUCGGCUCCACCCUGGAGUGCCUGGACGACCGCUGGGACCACCCAGGGGACAAACUGAAGGACAAAAUCAAGGCUAAUGGAAAGUUGGGCUCCUCCUGACCCCUUGAGCCACUGCACCCUGGACCUUGAUCCUAAACGACUGCAGUCUCUUUAGACCCCCCCCCCCAGAGGGUUUGAUGAUUUGCCUUAGCCUGACUUUUAGUUCAUGCGCUUCGGCCCAGCACUGUACAGAUGGACUGACCUGCUGCUGAUUGGCUGCUGAAACGCGUCCCUCCGUUAACUGAGAAUCAACACAUUUGUGACUCUACAGACAUAAUAAUGGUCUUAUUUUUAUAAAUUAAUAUAUGUAUAAAUAAAUAAAUAUAUAUAUAUAUAUAUAUAAUAUCAAGAGAUUUUUCUUUCUUUCCGAUGUUGCUCACAACUCCUCUGAAAGAUUUUGUAUGACAACAGUGUAUUGUGUUGUCAGCGAUUGGAUGGAGUGUGUGAGCACGCAGCACAUGUGCAUGUGUGUAGCUGUACAGGAUAGUACUGAGACUGUGCUAUUGAAUGUGGUAUUUGUGUUGAUCGGAAGCACAUGAUGUCCUGUCUUUUUUUUCUCCUCAGACUUGAGCGUUAGCUUGAGCCUCGGGAGCAAUUUGGUUGUAUCUUUUUUUAAAUGUUCACAUUGCUUCCUGUUAGUCUGUAAUUUAACAUGCGAAACUACAAAAUUGUUUGUAUAAUAAAGUUUUAAGAUAAUGUUGAUAUUUACCCCUUCGGCACAGAGCUUGUAUAUAACAGGGAGGCUACUGCAGUAAAGUAAUUGUUUGUGUGUUCAUUUUUGUUUUAACUUUGUAAUUAAAAUAUCUCAUAAUUUGUAUUUAUAUUUUACAAAGAAGUUGCUUUAAAAUAAAUAUACAAACUGCAAGAUG